ACACAGACACAGACACAGGCAGCAUCUGAGAACCUAAAGAACCAACUGGGAACUGCUCAGAAUGAGGCUCUGUGGAGUCCUCGUCCUGGUCUUAACUACUGUCUUAUGUGUCCCAGCAUUGCAGCGGAGUCCCAGGGAGAGACGCUACUACAUCGCUGCUGUGGAAAUAGACUGGAAUUAUUCUGGGACAAAAGGGCUCGGUCAGACGUAUAAAAAAGUGGUGUUUCGAGAAUAUGAGGCAGGCUUCACCCGGGCUAAAGCACAUCCCUCUUGGUUAGGGUUAAUGGGACCGACACUGAGGGCUGAAGAAGGCGAGACCAUUGUCGUCACUUUCAAGAACAUGGCAGCAGGAGAAUACAGCAUCCACCCACACGGGAUCGCUUAUGGGAAACAGUCCGAAGGGGCUUACUACUUUGACAACACUUCCCAAAAUGAGAAAAGGGACGACGUCAUCAGGCCUAACGAGGAACACGUGUACUACUGGGAGGUGACGGCAGAGGUUUCCCCUCAGAGGAACGACCCGUCUUGCCUCACCUACUCCUACGUCUCCCAUCGGACUGUGGUGGAGGACUACAACUCAGGCCUCAUCGGGGCUCUGCUCAUCUGCAAACAUGGCACUUUGGACCCGUCAGGACAGCAGAUUGGCAUCCACCACGAGUUGGUCUUUCUCUUUGGGGUUUUUAAAGAAAGAGAGAGCAAAUACACGCCCAAAUAUAAGUCAAAAGAUGAUGAUGAUGAACAUAUCAAGUACACGAUAAAUGGAUACACAGAUGGGACGUUGCCUGAUGUGCGGGUUUGCGCCCACACCUCUGUCAGCCUGCACUUCCUGGGCAUGAGCUCUGAUCCGGAGGUGUUCUCGGUUCACAUGAAUGGACAGGUGCUGCAGCAGGACGGGCACAAAGUCUCCUCUGUGGGCCUCGUCAGCGGAACCUGCGCCACCGCCAGCAUGACCGCCGUUCACCCCGGGCGCUGGCUCCUGUCUUCACAUACCUUCAAGCACAUGGAAGCUGGCAUGCACGGGUUCUUUGAGGUGAAAAACUGUCCAGGUUUCAACGCCCCUCAAAGGACACUGACCAUCGCCCAAAAACGUCAGAGCCGAGUGUGGACGUAUUACAUCGCAGCUGAAGAGGUCGUCUGGGACUACGCACCCGACAUGCCUGUCCACACCGAUGAAGGUUUCAAGUUGAAGUAUCUCACCAAUUCUCCCGUACGUAUCGGUCAGAAGUACAAGAAGGCUGUGUUCACGCUGUACAAAAACGAGUCAUUCACUGAAAAAGCGGAAAAUCAGCAAAGGAAAAAUGAACUUGGGAUUUUGGGGCCAGUUAUACGAGCUCAGAUCAGGGAUGUCGUCAAGAUCGUCUUUAAGAACAUGGCGUCGAGGCCGUACAGCAUCUACCCACAUGGACUCACCAUCGAAAAGUCACAGGAAGGAGUCAACUACCCAGCGGGAGGUAAUCAGUCUCAUGGAGUUCAGCCGGGGGAGACUCACACGUAUCAGUGGCACGUUAUUGAGGAAGACGAGCCGCUGAACGAAGACUCUCGAUGCCUCACGCGGAUGUACCACAGCGCCGUGGACACGCCCCGGGACAUCGCCUCAGGGCUCAUCGGACCAAUGCUCAUCUGUAAAAGCGAGUCGCUCAAUGUCAGGAAUGUGCAGCUCAAAGCAGACAAGGAGCAGCACGCCGUCUUUGCUGUGUUUGACGAGAACAAAAGCUGGUACCUGGACGAGAACAUAAACAGGAACUGUGACCAGUUCAGGGUGAAUAAGGACGAUCCUGAGUUCUACAAGUCAAACGUCAUGCACACGAUAAACGGAUACACAUUUGAGAGCGGGCCAGACCUCGGCUUCUGUAAUGGUGAAGUCGCCACGUGGCAUGUUUCCAGUGUGGGAGCACAGGAUUUCAUUCAGACGGCGACGUUUUAUGGUCAUCCUUUUGAGCUGAACGAUCGCACCGAGGACAUGCUCAGCCUUUACCCCAUGACCGGAGAAACCAUCUCUAUGAACAUGGACAACAUCGGCGUGUGGCUCCUGGCGUCUCUCAACACCCACGAAAGCACCAAGGGCGUCCGCGUCAAGUUCAACGACGUGGAGUGCUUUCGGGACUACCAAUACGAGUACGAGGAUGAGGAUAAGGUCACAAACGAGUGGAAAGAGUGGAAACCUGCCACUUUGGAGGAGAUCCAGAAAGAGCAGGAAGAAAAGGAGAAGGAGGAGGAGAAAAAAGAGAAAGAGAAGCCGAUAGAGGUAGAUGAUUACACAGAAGGAAUUGCUGCGGAAUGGGGCCUAAGGUCUUUGAAAAACCAGUCUACGGAUAUGGAGCUGCUGGAUUUGUCUUUUCUCGACUCGGAUGCGUCAAAUGGAUAUGACGAUACACUGAGUAAAAAUGGGAAAACUGUUGAAGAAAAGGUUGAAGUAAAUACAAGCAGCAGCAACGCAGGAAUUUUAUCAACUGGGAACAAAAGUUUAGAAACUGAUAGUUCAAAUCUCACCGUUUUUGACAAUAACGAGACCAGACCACUCAUCACUGCCACUGUAACCGACUCUAGUGACCCCUCGAGUUCAGAUGUAAGAAAAUUAUACAUGGUAAACAUGACUUUCGUUAGCGAUUUUGUUGCCGAUAGUUCAGAGGAGAUCUUUAGUCGAGGGGACGUGUUUGUCUACGACGUGCCGCAAAACAUAACCAGCAACUCCCCAAAGGAUUCAAGUGACCACAGUGUGAAGAACGGAUCAACGGCAUCGGACAACGCAACAGAAAUCGUCAUCCAAAGCGCUGAUUUGAAUAUGACGUCGACAGGGAACAUAUCUAACGACUCCACUAGGGGGCAGCAACAUCUGUUAAAUGAUACCGAAAGCGCCAUUGCUUCUGAAUUACUUAAGGAUACAAUAGAAAACAUAACUAGUCCAAAUGACCUUUUCGGACCCAUGGGAAAUAUAAUUAAUUCUUCCGUCGAUUUGGACAGUUUAACGAAUCACACGACGUUGAAGAACCAAACUGGCAAUUUCUCUCUGGAUGCGGUUACGUUGGUGAACGGUUCUGUCGCGUUGGAAACCGCAGAAGAAGAUGCUAAGAACAACACUGGCUUAUUUGAACCAACGCUCAACGCAACAGAUUUACAAAAUACUUCUACAUUUUUAAAAACUGCUUUUGAAAACGCCACAAAUCAAACUUCUUCGGAAACCGCGUUGAGUAAUUUUACUGGUUUAACGGCAACAACGCUCGACAACGUAACUGACUUGAACACGUUUGUGAAUGCAUCAAACUCUACAGAAUCUAUUGAAACUCAUAAUAAACUCACAGAAAUUCAAAAUACAACCGAUUUUUUCCAGAUAAACACAUCCACGGAAGCAAAUUCUGACAAAACAUUGACGUACGAUUCAGCAACCAUUGUGGAAAACGUCUCAAAUGAAACAAAAUCGUCUAAUUCUUAUAUUGUGGAUAAUUUUGAAGAAGUGGGCGCCUCCGUGAGCAGCGAGGAAAUAGUUAUUUACCUUCAAGAAAACAUCACAGAAGCGAUUAAAACCAAACCGCUCAAAAACCCUGCGCAAAACUGGACCUACGACACGAAACACGAAACUGUCCCAAUGGAAAUCCCGGAUCAUAUUGUGAAAUACAUCGGCAAACCGGAUCCCCCCAAAAAGCCGGUUAAAAAGGUGACCAUGCGACACUGGCCGAACAGAGGUCAAGGCAUGAAAACCAAAAAGAGGAAAGAUUACAUCCCGCAAGCCCGGAGCGGAUUACCCUUCUCCCCGCGCGGAUUUAACCCCGGGAUGUCGCCUCGGGGGUCCAGGCCGCUCCCGCCCAAACCAGUGUCCGACGAAGACGACCUCAUCAAUAACCCCAUAGUGAUCGGCGUGCCCAGACCGGACUUCAGCGACUACGAGCUGUACAUACCAGGGGACGAGCCGGAUCACCUGGAUUUGGACGAGCGGAAAAACGUGAGGGAGGAGGAGUACGAGUAUGUGUCCUAUAAAGACCCCUACAGCAGCGACGAAAACAUGAAGCAUUUUAGUCUGGACGACGCCACCAAAUAUUACUUAAAAAAUGUGGGGAAGAAUACGAAGAUCUAUUUUAUCGCGGCGGAAGAGGUGGAGUGGGACUACGCCGGCUACGGGCACAGGAGACAAGAGAGAUCGCAGUUAAACAGCCGCGAGACAAAGUUUAAAAAGGUGAUUUUCCGAGAAUACCUGGACAGUACCUUCACUACCCCGGACAUCCGAGGAGAGAUCGACGAGCACUUGGGGAUUCUGGGACCUCUUAUUAAGGCAGAGGUCGGACAAGAUAUUAUGGUUAUGUUCAAAAACAACGCCAGCCGCCCUUACUCCUUACAUCCCAAUGGAGUUGCCUACACCAAACAGACCGAGGGGUUAAACUACGAAGACGGCUCCAAAUACUGGCACAAGUACGACAAUGAGGUCCAACCGAACAAAACCUACACCUAUUUAUGGACCGUCAACUCCGCGGUCGGACCAGCGGAGGGCGAGUCCGACUGCAGGACUUGGGCUUACUACUCUGGUGUUAAUCCUGAGCGGGACAUCCAGUCUGGUCUGAUCGGGCCCCUGUUGGUGUGUCGUGAAGGGACCCUUAAUAAAUCACUGACAAACACACGGGAGUUCAUGCUGCUUUUCAUGACAUUUGAUGAGUCUCAGAGCUGGUACUUCGAGGAGAAUGUACAAAAGAUUCAAAGAAAAAUGCGAUACAAGAGUUCGAUCGUGGCCUUGAAAGAAAACCUGCAGUUCCACACAAUCAACGGCAUUAUUCACAGCCUGAAGGGUCUGAGGAUGUACACCAAUCAGCUGGUCCGCUGGCAUCUCAUCAACAUGGGUUCUCCAAAAGACUUCCAGAGUGUUCACUUUCAUGGUCAAAGCUUUUUCCACAAGAAAAUCAGGAGUUAUAAACAGGCCGUUUACCCGCUGUUACCAGGAGGUUUUGCUACUUUAGAGAUGAUUCCCUCUAAACCGGGACUUUGGCAACUGGAGACUGAAAUCGGGAGCAUCCAACAAAAGGGAAUGCAGACGCUGUUCCUCGUUUUGGAUGAUGUUUGUUACCAUCCAUUUGGUCUGGAGUCGGGCAGCGUGACAGACGUUCAGAUGACGGCUAAAAACUCCAGAGGAUACUGGAAACCACAUCUCGCCCGACUGAACAAUGCAGGAAAAUACAAUGCCUGGAGCACUGAUGCAAACAACAGCUGGAUUCAGGUCGACUUCCAGCGUCCUGUGGUGAUAAGUCAGAUAGCCACCCAAGGGGCCAAACAGAUGUUUUAUUCACAAUAUGUGCUCAAGUACGCCAUUUCAUACAGUAACGACAGACGGAGAUGGACAUUCUACAAGGGAGACAGCAAGAGCUUCAGAAAGAUUUUUCCUGGGAACCAGGAGGCUUAUGUGACCAAGACCAACACCUUCUUUCCUCCUAUAAUCGGUCGGUUCAUUCGGCUCCACCCAGUGGAGUGGUACGGUAGUGCCACACUGCGCAUGGAGUACUACGGCUGUGAGCUGGAUGGUUGCUCUGUGCCUUUGGGGAUGGAGAACAGACAGAUACAGAACUCCCACAUAACAGCGAGCUCCACAGCGAGCAGCUGGUACGGAGGACCAUGGAAACCUUAUUAUGCACGUCUCAACAAACAAGGAACCAUCAACGCAUGGCAGGCCAGGACAAAUAACCUGGAGCAGUGGCUCCAGGUGGAGCUGCCUCACACCAAGAAGAUCACAGGCAUCGUCACACAAGGAGCCAAGUCUCUGGGGAAAGAGAUGUACGUCAUCUCCUUCUCUCUGCAGUUCAGCAACGACGGCCUGCACUGGACCGACUACACCGACGAUGAGGUCAUCACCUCCAAGACCUUCAUAGCAAACACAAAUAACUCGGACCACGUGAGGAACUACAUCCAUCCUCCCAUUUUCUCACGCUUCAUCAGGAUCAUGCCCAAAAGCUGGAAGAACGCCAUCACCCUGAGGAUCGAACUUCUGGGCUGUGACUCUGAAUGACUCUGACAGAUACAGGCACAUAAAUAAUAACUUUACUCAGAUAGUGUGAACAACAGCAUUACCACACGAGAGAUCUACUUAUGCAAUUUACCUGAUCAAGUCCUUCAUGGCACUUACACAUUAUGUUUGUUCUGAAUGUCCCUGCAUUUUUAGACCUCUGCUCAACACUAAACUCAGUAAAUAGGUGCGAUAUUGAAACACUGUGCACAUGCAGCUUAAUAGAGAGACGACAUUUGACGCUAACACUUAUUUUUAAGGACUCGGUAGAAGUCACGUGGCCCGCAGUAUAUCUUAAUGAUCCGAUGUGACGUGCUACGCUAACAUAGCUGUAGUCAGAGCGGACACAUGUACAGCUCCGCUCGGACACAUGCACAACUCAUCACGAUGUAACGCAAGAGUCUCAUGACAAACUUUACGACCACAUGAAUUAUCUCUCACUGUUUGCGUUUGAAAAAGGGAAUGUUCCACAGCUCUGGGCUUGUUUCACACAUUUUUACAACAACACACGAGGCUUUGAAUGUCAGUAUUAUUGGUAAUAAUUUUAUGUAAAAAUAUAUACUAAUAUGUGUAAAUAUGGGGGGACUUUGUAAUUUAUUUUCUCAAUAAAUAUAAUUGAAAUGUAGUUUAUGGUUAAAUU